AACACAUUUUGAGCUGUCAAAAGCUCAUUCCAAGGAAUUGCCACACUUUUCACCGCAAGAGUUCAACUAUCCAGGUAGAUAGGAGGAGGAGGAGGAGGUGGAGAAGGAGAAACCCUAAAACAGAGCUUACUAAGUUACAGAUUCUUUACAUAUUUCAGGGUUUGUUCUGAAUCAAAUCGCCGAGAUCUUUAUUAAUUAUUUAUAAUCAAGACAGGAACUGGUUAUCUUCAGCUAUGGAAAAUUCCAGAUCAUCUAGCAUCAGAAAUAUUAUGCAUGUCGGAAAAAAUUCUUUACUGCCUCCUAAAUGUCCAUUCCCUAGCAUAUCCCCAUCGUACGUUGAAUACCUCCCUACUUCAGCAAUUGCCCAGAAAGGUCUCCCAGCGCCUAGAAAUGGUAAUGCACAACAUCAACGUGCUUCCUCUGAAAGUUUUUUGAUAGAAGAGCAGCCGUCUUGGCUUGAUGAACUCCUCAAUGAGCCUGAAACACCUGUGCAUAGAGGAGGUCAUCGACGCUCAUCAAGUGAUUCCUUUGCAUAUAUUGACACGGCAAAUGUUGGAUACAUGAAUGGCGUAGCUAAAGACGAUAACAAGUUCAAAAAUCUGACUUCAGUGCCUUCAUGGGGAUCUCAAGACUUUGAUCUUUACAGAGAUAUAAGACAUGGUUCUUUCUACACAGAGGCAAACUCUUCAAGCAAAACCAAGAAUAGGACAUGGGAUGCACCUGUGAAUCCAGUUGCAUCAUCUCAUGGCAGUCCUGCUCCUAAGGAUAAUGCCAUAGUUCAAAAUGCAGUAUCAUCAAGUAAUUCCCCAGAAGCUGACAAGAAUUCAUCUUCAACUGAAAAGCAAGAUCCACUUGAAUCUGAUCCUUAUGAUCCAAGAGGUUCUUCUGAGAAAAAGGACUCCGACCAUGCCAAACCAUACUCUGACCUUACCAAACCAUCUGUGUCACAAACAGACACCAAACAGGCCAAGCAGUAUGUUAACUCAACUUGCCACUUUACCUGACAAGUUACAGCAAUUGGCUUUUUAACGUUCAUUGAUACGUGGCCUACGUUUGGCAAAAUUUAUAAACAUUUAUACAUGAUCAAAUUUCAUUUUCAACCACACAUUUCAAUG